UGACGCCGGCCGGUUAUUUGAUCAGAAUAACACGUCAGUGUUUGUGAAAUACAUAUAUGUGCAUUUACCAAAAUAAAUAUCUUUUGGUGUCCCAACCAUCAUGGCAAUUAUGUAAUAUGCCAAUUUCAUAUCCAGCUAAGUGUUAAUAUUGAUCUUAAUUUGUUCGCUUCGACUACAACUGCGAUCCGAAAUGGACUGCCUGGUCUUUCUGACGGCCGCCGCCCACCUCGUCUAUACACCUUUCACUAAGGUCGAGGAGAGCUUUAAUUUGCAGGCCAUGCACGAUAUUUUGUAUCUGCGGAACAAUUUCUCGCAAUACGAUCAUCAUGAAUAUCCAGGAGUUGUGCCUCGUACAUUUGUUGGACCACUCAUUGUAUCGAUAUUUUCUGCUCCGUUUGUGCUGCUCUUCGAGGUGCUGAAUAUCAACAAAUUCUGGGCACAAUAUGUAGUCCGACUUGUGUUAGCUGGCGCCAUUUCAGUUGCGUGGAAUAACUUGCGAAGGGCGGUUACCAAUAUCUUCGGCGUUGAGGUGCGUUUAUGGUUUACUGCUAUAACCAUAACGCAAUUUCAUUAUAUUUUCUACAUGACGCGUCCCCUGCCAAAUAUUUUUGCAUUGCCAUUCGUGCUAUAUGCAAUUACUUAUUGGAUGCGAGGCCAAACCAAGCCCUUCAUCAUCUGCUCCGGCAUAGCCAUCAUUGUAUUUCGCUCCGAGUUGGCACUUUUUUUGGGAUUACUGCUUGCGGUAGACCUGUUGAAACAAAAGUUAUCCAUUGAUGGUCUGCUGAAGAUUGCUUUGCCAGCUGGAGUGUGCAUUCUGGCAGCGACUGUAUUGGUGGACUCGUUCUUUUGGCGCCGGUUGCUAUGGCCUGAGGGUGAAGUGUUGUGGUACAAUACGAUACUGAACAAAAGCUCGAACUGGGGUACAUCACCAUUUCUAUGGUACUUUUACUCAGCUCUUCCACGUGCCAUGGGUGCCUCAUUAGUCUUUGUGCCGAUAGGUAUUUACUUUGAGAGGCGCCUACGAUCCUUGACUUUUUCAGCAUUGGCAUUCGUGCUGUUGUAUUCAAUACUGCCACAUAAGGAACUUCGAUUUAUCAUCUACGUCUUUCCCGUUCUCAAUAUUGCUGCAGCAUGCGGCUGCCAUCGUUUGUGGAUGAACAGUGCUAAAUCGGCAUGGCAUAGCUUUCUCGCAUUGAUUGCAGCGUCACAUUUGCUUUUCAAUGUGCUGAUAACCAUCUUCUUGCUUGUGAUUUCGGGAACUAAUUAUCCAGGUGGAGCAGCGCUUUCUCGAUUGCAUCGUCUGGAGGUGGCUAAUCCCAAUGUGUCGGUUCACAUUGCAAACUUGGCCGCACAGAGCGGUGUAUCACGUUUCAUGGAAAUAAACAACAAUUGGAUCUACAGCAAAGAUGAAACAAUGAACUAUACUCAAACAGAAAUUGCUAUCUAUAGUCACUUGUUGGUGGAAGCAAAAAAUAAGCAUAACACGGAACUAUGGGCAGCCUUGCAGGAGGAUUUUGAAACUUUGGAAUUUAUAGAUUGCUUUAAUAGCAUCGGCAUACAGUACAACUCCAUCUUGCCAGUGAGAAUUAAGACAAAGCCUUGCAUAGGUAUUCUGAAGAAACGUUUGCCUGCUGAGACAGCUCUCCCACAUGCAAAGAAGCAACCAAACGAUAAGGAUCCAAAAGAAAUAACGAAACACAAAAGUAAGAAAGAAAAAACUGAGCCUGAUAAAAUCGAAGUAGCUUCGGAUUUGGCUUUAGAUAAUUUCUUAAAAGAAGAAGCCGAAUUCGAUAGCAAAACCCUCGAGCCAAUUGAUAUUUCCGAGCAACCCUCAACAGUGGACCAUGAUGUUGAAGUGCAGAUCGAUGACGACGAUGGCAUAGUAGCCACUGUGGAAGAAAUAUCACUGGAACUAAAUGCAGACGGUCCUGAAGCAGCAAAAGAAAUCAACUUCCAGGAACUGAGAAAUCUUGCUUUGGAGCAAACAACGCGAAAGUCGCGUGCUGCUACUAAACUUAAGAUCCGAAAAAUAAUUGAGCAGCACUAUAGAGCCAAAGGCAGACAUAUUGAAAACGAUUCCACGGAAAUCCAUAGACAGUCGGGCGUCCCACGCAGUGGAGUGCGCCAAUCCGUAAAGUCGAUAAUAAAGCAGGAGAAGAUUAAAGAAAUGAUUGAGCAGAUCGCCACCAUGGACUUAACAAGAAUUUGCGACUUGGAGAAGACUUCAACCAAGGACUGUUUAAAGCAGGUCAUAGACAAAAUAGACGAAGAAAGCAUAAAUCAAAAAUGACAAUCAUGUGUAAGCCCCCCUUUGAAGUCU